AUGACUUCCUCUCUGGUGAACGGCUCAAGCAGCCAGCAUGAUGUUGUGCUCAAGACCUUCCGGCUCCUCAUUGCCGACCUCUGCCAGCAGUUCGGUGGCGGACACCCUGGGGGUGCGAUUGGUAUGGCAGCCAUCGGAGUCGCUCUUUGGCGCUACAGUAUGCGAUAUGCGCCGCACACUCCGGACUUCUUCAACCGUGACCGCUUCGUACUGUCCAACGGCCACACCUGUCUCUUCCAGUACACUUGGCUCCACCUGACGGGCUACAAGGCCAUGACAUUUGAGCAGCUAAAGUCAUACCACUCUGACCGCGUUGAUGCGCUGUGCCCUGGUCACCCUGAGAUUGAGCAUGAAGGUGUUGAAGUCACCACUGGUCCACUUGGGCAGGGUGUCGCAAACGCUGUCGGUCUCGCGAUGGCCUCGAAGAACCUGGGCGCCACAUAUAACCGACCCGGAUACGAUGUUGUCAACAACCACACAUGGUGUAUGAUUGGGGAUGCCUGUCUGCAGGAAGGUGUUGCUCUAGAAGCUAUCUCUCUGGCUGGACACUGGAAACUCAACAACCUGACCAUCAUGUACGACAACAACCAGAUCACUUGUGACGGUUCUGUCGAUCUCACCAACACCGAAGAUAUCAACGCCAAGAUGCGUGCGAGCGGAUGGGACGUUAUUGAUGUUGAGGAUGGCUGCUACGACGUUGAGGGUCUCGUCCAAGCGUUGAGCAAGGCUCGCGCUUCCACUGAGAAGCCUACCUUCAUCAACGUCCGCACAGUCAUUGGUCUCGACAGUAAGGUUGCAGGACAGGCAGCUGCCCACGGCGCGGCAUUUGGCGUUGCAGACGUCGCCGAUAUGAAGCGCAAGCUCGGCUUCAACCCAGAGGAGCACUUUGUCAUUGGCGAUGCGGCGCGCGAGUUCUUCGCUGAUAUUCCUGCUCGUGGCGAGGGCUUCGUCAAGGAGUGGAAUGAUCUCGUUCAGCGGUAUACCGAAGCGCACCCAGAGUUGGGCGCUGAGUUCCAACGUCGCGUACGUGGUGAACUGCCAGCUGACUGGCAGGACCGCAUUCCCACUGAAUUCCCCGACAAGCCGACUGCAUCGCGUGCCUCGUCCGGCCAGGUUUUCAACCCCCUCGCACAAUCUAUCAACUCGUUCAUGGUUGGCACGGCCGAUCUGUCACCGUCAGUCAACAUGAUCUGGAAGGGCAAGGUUGACUUCCAACACCCCGACCUCCGCACCACCUGCGGCAUCAACGGCGACUACUCCGGUCGUUACAUCCACUACGGUGUCCGCGAACACGCCAUGGCCGCCAUCUCCAACGGUCUUGCGGCCUUCAACCCCAGCACCUUCAUCCCGAUUACCUCCUCCUUCUUCAUGUUCUACCUCUACGCCGCCCCCGCCGUCCGUAUGGGCGCGCUUCAACACCUCCAAGUCAUUCACGCAGCAACCCACGACUCCAUCGGUAUGGGUGAGGAUGGCCCAACGCAUCAGCCAAUUGAGCUGGCCUCGUUAUACCGCGCCAUGCCAAACCUCCUAUUCAUCCGGCCUGGAGAUGGCGAAGAAACCGCAGGUGCCUGGAUCGCCGCUAUCAACGCGAAGACGUCUUCCACCAUUAUCUCUACAUCCCGACACGCCCUCCCUCAGCUCAAACAGACCCGUCGCGAUGGUGUACUAAAGGGAGCAUACGUCCUCGAAGAAGCCGAGUCAGCAGAUGUAACACUCAUCGGUGUCGGUGCCGAACUAUCCUUCGCUUUGGACGUCGCCGCCCAGCUCAAGGAGAAGAAGGGCAUCACGGCCCGGGUUGUCAGUUUCCCCUGCCAGCGUAUCUUCGAGCAGCAGCCCCUCGAGUACAGGCGCAGCGUUCUGCAACGACACAAGGGUAUCCCGGCCGUGGUAAUUGAGCCGUACGCACCAAACGGCUGGGAGCGGUACGCAAAUGCGGGCAUUUCAAUCAAGCGGUUUGGACACAGUCUGCCUGGUAAGGCGGCAUAUAAGUUCUUUGGCUUCGAGACGGGAGUCAUGACGGACAAGGUUGGGGAUUACCUGGAGAGGAUCAAGGGCGACGAGGCGCUGAGGGGGGAGUUUGUUGACCUGUAA